AUGUGGCAGGAUCCAAUGAAGGAUUCUUUGAUACUGGAUUGCCCCACAGAUCCAGUAUCACAAAAUUUUAACCCAUAUGAAGUACUAGAACCACAGAAAGUUGAUUUAAAAGAUAGAAUCCUUGUUGAUUUAACACCAGUAGAAGAAAAACAACCUGAUGCCAAGCUAGAAAUGGGGUCUUUCUUAGAUACUAUUACUAAAACUGACUACAAUUUAGUAGAUUUGUAUCAAAAUAUCUAUGUUACACCACAACAUUUACAAAAAACACCAACUCAAAUUGACAAAAAUUCACUUAUUGAUUUUGGCAAUUACGUAGACAAACAGGAAGUUAAAAAUAUAGAAAAUAAUAAUGUUACAGCUGUUAGUCUAGAUAAAACUGACAAACCCAGCUUUGAUGAAUUCAUUCACCAAACAGUACCAUCCCAUUCCACAACUGAUGUAAAUGAAACAACAGAAGAAAAUGCAAUCAAAAAUAAUUUAGAUGCAACAAUUGAUGCUCUAUACAGAUCAUGUAUAACUAAAUUAGACACAAGCAUUCCAGAAAAUUCAGAAUUUUCUUUGUUCAACAACUUUAAAUGUUCAACUUUAAAGAAUGAUCCACCCAUAGAAACAGAAACACCAAAAGCUGCAAAAGGAGGUACUUCAGAUUUUAAAAAGGAUUAUUUCUACAUGACAAAUCAAACAAAAGACCAUUCAAAAGAUAUUUCACAUCAAAAUAAUUUAACAGAUUGUCCAGGUGUGAAAAGUGACCCGAGUCACUUACAACUCACUGAUAGCAUGAGAAGAAACAUAUUAGAUGAAGUUAAAAGAGAAGAAAUUCCAAUAAAAUGCAAAUGUUAUUAUGCCAAAAAUAUUUUAAACCUCAAUAAAUCAAUGGAUGCAUCUUUCAUUAAUCCAUUUGAUAACAAUCUUCCAGUCACUCAUUCAAAGGAUCUUAAAAAACCCAAAGCACUCAGUAUGCUAUCUAACAAUCAAUUUACCCAAAUAAAAUCAGGGCAAUUACUACAAACUGUUGUCAAAGAUCAAAAACUAUAUGCUAAACAGAUGAAAUUAAAAGAAAACAAUCAAAACCUAACAAAAGGUCCUGAUAUUUACGAAAAGUCAAUUAUUUUGCCGCAAAUCAUGGAGCGCUUGGCGGCAAGAAAAAAAAUAUUAGAUGAUCAGAGAGAUUGGAAAAGGCGACUUGUUUUGGACAGUGGAAAUUCUAAAAUUAAUGAGGACAUUCCUUGUGUUAAAACGGAAAUUCUUAUGGCAGAUUGUAAUAAGGAACGCCUCGCUAAUUUAAAAAUAAGGACAUCUUUUGAAAACUUUAUCAAAACUGGCUCACCUAAAUAA